AUGGCUGCAGUCGUCCCAGACAGGGAGCGAGAUCUCUUACGACGCAUCCAUGCCUGUAUUGAUCGCAUGCGCGCCGUCACGCCAGACGAGCCGUAUGUGUUGAGCAUCCCUCAGGACGAGCCCAAAUACCACCACCAUUCCCAUCACUCGUCGCAGAUGUGGCGCACAAAUACUCCCUUUCGCGCAGACGACGACCCGAAUCAACAAUACCAGACCUUCUACUAUCACGAGCCGCUAUCCGACGUCUUCCAAUUACAUCGCAACUCUCACUACCAAAAGGACAAUGCCUCCGCCUCGUCGCACACAAGAGAAAGAGAGAAGGAAAGCACGCAGAGCACGCCCAACAUGCUCCCCAAGAAGAAGAUCAGUCUGGCUGCUUACGCCAACAAAAAGACACAACCAGACUCCAAGGACGGCUCCAAGGACUCCAAGGAUACCAAGGACAUUAAGCCCAAACACAAAAAGACCGAGUCCGAGUCGACACCAUCGCAACCUCCCAAGUCGCGCGACUCAGCCAAUCUACCGCGCAUGUUGUCUCCGUUGCACGUACCUCAGCGCGACAAGUCUCAACCAUCACAACAAGCCCCACUAAAAUCGCAAUCACAAUCACAACCACGGUCAGAACCUAAACACUCCCUCCUACCACCCCACUUAAUAUCUCCCACUCUGCCUCCGAGCAUAAUAGCUUCAUUGCAUUCGAAGCCUUAUCAACCCUCACGACACAAGCAUGCUGCCAAACGUCUCCCUUCGCCCUUACCACCUGUCGCUGACAAGUCGCGCAAACACCCCCCGAACAUUCCUGAUACCAAAACACGCGACUCUCCGCAAGAGGAACACCGAAACUCUCCGCCCCCGUCGUUGAUCGUUAAGUUUAAGAUUCCUAAGAGCAUGCGCAAGAACCUCUCGCGAUACCUGCAGAUGAAGCCACAACCACAUACUCAAGUCAUUCGCGUAUUACCUCCGGAGAAGUCAUCAGCUCCAGCCUACAUUGCCGCGCAAGCGACCAAAAGACCUCGUCCCGCAGAAGAAGAUGUGGCACUUCCAGACUCGAAGCGCAAGAAGGAUGUAAAACCCGAUUUCAACAGACCGGAGGCCAGCGUGAAGCAAGAGCCUGCUACAUCCUCACCUGCGACCCCUACUGCACAAAAGGAUACACCAUCUGCGCGAGGCACCACAAAGGACCUGCGAACGUCGGCCGCUAUGAAGCGUGUUGAGUCAAGUGAUGCUAUGGUAAAUGGUACCCCACAGUCAACACGUCAAGUCAAUGGCAUCGCCAAACCAUCUCCUUCCUCGACCAACACAAAGACGGCAGAGUCAAGCGCUUGGGAAGGUGAAGCGGUUCGUGUCGGGAGUCUAGGCCGCGAACUGAAACAUGCUGCCUCCGAACUAGAUCCUUCGCGGUCGACUGGCGGCAAAACCGAUUCUCGAUCUCGUGAAGUAGCAGCAGCCAUUUCCCUCGAGUCUCUGCUUCUAUUCAUGCUCUCCUUCUAUUGCACAGAGCGUGGGCUUUCUGCUCGAAACCCGCCUGCACCUUUAUCAGCUGGGCGCACUUGGGCUACUAUCCCGGCCUUCAUCAACUUCGUCCGAACACGCUGUCAGUAUUUUCCGAUACUCGAUGGACUCGCGUGCCAUCUAGGUGCUAUGUGCAACGGGAUGGUCAUGUUACGAUUGACAACCACACGUGAUCGUUCACAAGACAUGACGCCAGAAGAGAUGCGUACGCUUCACAGUGCCGCGUUGGCAGCUCACAAGGUCUCUAAAGAUGGAGAUAUGAAACUACCUCUAUCGACCAUCAUGUCUACAUUUCCGAAGACCUGGAAGAAGGCCAUGAGUGGCAAUGGAGCUGCUGCAGGCGCCGAGAACGAUGUUAAAGUUGGUCGUUAUUCUGGCGAUUUCACACUUCCGCUUGGCACGAAUACUGAGCCUCUCAAUGCAGUGAGGAUUGGAUACGCGCUGCUAAGAGAAUGGUGUGCUAGCAAGGGACUCAAACAGGAGAUGAAGCUUAAUCUUUAA